CCUGUGACUGUCCAAUGUGACCAGAUGGCAGCGUCACAUCGCUAGCACAGUAUAAUCAACAAUCCUCCUAAAGCUGCAACUAUGUCUGCCAGGGCCCCUGAUAGAAUGCAGAUUAUGACAGAACUGGUGAACGAAACUGAGGUCAGUCUACUUGAAUGCAAAGUGUGUUUUGAAAAAUAUAGCCAGAAGAAGAAACACCGGCCGAGGAACUUGCCCUGUGGACAUGUUAUAUGCUUGGAGUGUGUAUUCUCUCUAGCACACCCAAGGAAUUUUAGGUUGGAGUGCCCUUUCUGUCGAAGAGCUUGCAAAUCCUCAGAGACAAGUGACUGCUUACCAUUGCUGCACCUGAUAGAGAUCUUAAGCCCUGCAACUAAUAUUCCUUUAGCUUCAGGAACAACAACUGGGGCAGGUGAUGAAGCAGCUGUAUCGGCACCUCUAGGCUUAACAUUCAACCUUUCUUUCGGAGGCUGGGGGACACUGAUCAAUCCGACUGGGAUUGCAAUGUGUCGACGGUCUGACUGUGUAGUAGUGGCACAUGGUGGCAAAAAAAGGAUUAAGCUCUUCGGCUUGAGUGGAAGCUGUAUGCAGCAGUUUGGGGAAAGAGGAGAUGCAGGCAAUGAUAUUAAAUACCCACUUGACGUGACAGUUACAUUGGAUGGCCACGUGGUUGUCACAGACAGCGGAGAUCACUCUGUGAAAGUGUUUGAUUUUAAUGGAAGAGGCAAGCUAAUUAUCAGGGAAUCCUUUUGUUUACCAUGGGGUUUGGAUACCACCCCAGAGAAUGAAAUUAUCCUGUCUGAUCCAGAGGCAGGUGCUCUUUCUCGCUUGACAGCCAAUUUUAGAAAAGGAGAACUGAAGAAGGUUCAAAAGAUCCAGUCUAACUUAUGCCACCCAAGAGAGGUGGCAGUUUCUCAGACUUCUGGAAUUAUCGCUGUAAUAGAGCACCUGAUAGCUAAGGGACCAAACUACAGCAGCACACGAGUGAAGAUAUUCAGUGCUGACAUGAAACUCAUUGGCCAGAUGGAUAGCUUUGGUCUGAACCUAGUGUUUCCCUCCAAAAUAUAUGCCACCGCUUUGGCCUUCGACAGAGAGGGACACAUAAUAGUAGCAGAUGCCUAUAACCAAGUUGUAUUGUGCUUGGGAAAACCUGAGGAAUUUCCUGUCUUAAGGCCCAUAAUUACCCAUGGGCUUUCUUAUCCUGUGGCAUUGACUUACACAGCAAACAAUUCUCUGAUUGUCUUAGACAGUGGUGAUCAUUCAAUUAAAAUAUAUACUGCUAGCUGA